CAACGAUUCACUAUUUUGACGUUCUCGUUUGUGGUUGUCGCGGCUACAAUGGCAGUGGUCAUCUUCAUGCCUGCGCACCCUGUCUUUAUUUUGACGGCAAUGACAUUCAUCUCCUGCGUGUUCUUAAUAUUCAUGGUAAUUAUGGACCCAAACCUUAUGAGCAGCUGCGCUGCUCCACUGCUGAUGUGCUUAUCCGUGACUACUUUCUCCGUCGAUCUCGCCUUCGCGAGCGGAUGGGAAGACGGUCCGGUGUCCCUGGGAUUGCUUAUUCUCGCAUUCUCCGUUUUUAUGUUAUUUUCUGUUGGUUUGGCGUCCGAGAAGAGUUCAGAUUCGGGGGUGGGCAUUCGAAAUCUCGCUGAAAAUCUUGCCGCAAUCGUCAAGACUCUCAUUAAUGACCUCCGGGGCAUAGAUGUAAGUCACAAGUAUUCCGCUCUACCACUACACGAGUCUUAUCCAUACUUUCAGACCGCCGCACAACCUGCCGCCGCCGCCGAUUCGGGCAUCACCAUCGCUGACUCGGGCGUCACCACCGCUGAUUCGGACGUCACCAACACCUUCCCUGAAGCCUUUCCGAACUAUGAUGGUCGGGCUGAAACCCUCCUUGACGUCUCUAUAGAUCUUCCGGACAGCCAACCAAAGUAGGGCACUAAUACCACUGGUCCCAUUACAGACGUCUGUCAUUAAUUCAUCGGUGGGUCCCUGUAUGACAGGAAUAGGACGUGAGUAUCCGUUUAAUAGUUAGCAUAAAAGAUGUUACGCAGGCUUUUUACGCCCCUUGGAGCGUUGAGACCUAUCACGGCGUCAAAUGCGAGGAUGUCACACUGUAACUACGCAACAUACGUGGUAGAGCAGAAUUGAAACAUCAAACCGAUGUGAGGGGGUAUUACAAAGCCCCACCAAGUAAGUUUGCG